AUGUCAAGUUCCGACGAAGAUUCAACAACCUACAUUCAAAGGUAUUUUAUAGAUCCACAAAUGUUGAACACAUUUGUUAAUUUUGUAGAAGAAGAAGAAGAAGAAACAGAGGCCGAGAGUUCCAGAAUGCCAAGAGCACCAAGAAGAUACAUAGCCAGAAACCACGCCGAUGCGGCAUCCCGUCUUUAUAAUCAUUACUUUGCCCCGGAACCCGUCUUCCUUGCUGAUUAUUUUCGCAGGCGUUUCCGAAUGCCCAAAGAAAUGUUUAUUCGUAUAGUGAGGGACAUACAAACUUUUGGUGCCAUACAACCAUUACCGCCUCACUUUCAAUACUUUCACAAUCCCCCUUUCGAUGUCGCGGGUGCUCCCACUCUAAACAUUUUUCAAAAAUGUACUUCCGCUGUAUGCCAGCUGGUGUACGGUGCUUCCGCCGACCAAUUAGAUGAGUAUUUGGAAAUGGGUCGACAAACGUCAUAUGAUGCUUUGAACAAUUUUUGUAAGUGCAUCGUUCAAUUGUAUCACGAUGAGUAUAUGAGAAAACCGACCCAAGAAGAUGUUAAUCGACUGACCGCGAAGCAUUUGGAGGUGCAUGGUUUCCCGGGGAUGCUCGGCAGCGUUGAUUGUAUGCACUGGCCAUGGAGAAACUGCCCCACUACACGGCAAGGCCAAUACACUCGUGGCGACAAAAGACACCCCACAAUCAUGCUUGAAGUAGUUGCCUCGUAUGAUUUGUGGAUUUGGAAUGCUUACUUUGGACCAGCCGGUUCGAACAACGACAUAAACGUACUCAAUGAAUCUGACUUGUUCGACCAACUCCUUGAAGAUAAAGCUCAUGUGGUAAACUUUAACGGCGAGCAGUUUACAAAGGGGUAUUAUUUAGUCGACGGUAUUUAUCCUGAAUGGUCUACACUCGUGAAGUCUUUCAAGUGUCCCAUGGACCCCAAGACCUUAAAGUUUAAGCGCUAUCAAGAAGCUGCAAGGAAAGACGUAGAGCGUGCAUUCGGAGUGCUUCAAGGUCGUUUCCAUAUCCUCACUUAG